GCGAUGCUUGCGGUUUAGUUCUAGAUUUAUGUAACUGCCCGGCAACAAAUUAUCCUUUUAGUUAAGAAGCGUACAGUAUGCUAUCCACCGUGGGGCGUCUGGCUAGGAUCGCAAAGUCGUGCGGCACUACUUUCUCUACAGUCCGGCAUGUACACCGUGCGGAAACUCUCUGUGCCGGUCAUUCAAAAUGGCAAAACAUUCGGCAUAUCAAAGCAUUGAACGACGGACGAAAGGCAGUGCUAUUCAUCAAAUUGGCUCGGCAAAUUCGUCUGGCCGUACAAGCUGGCGGAGCAAAUCCUGGAGUCAAUAAUGUGCUCCGAGCAGCGAUCGACGAGGCGCUGAAGAAAAACAUGCCCAAUGCAACCAUACAAGGCAUCCUGAAGAAAUGCUCGACACAGUCGGUGGAGCUGAAAAAGUACACACUAGAGAUAAAGGCACUUGAUCAGGUCAAUGUUAUCUGCGUCCUGUACACGGAUCGUUUCGCCCAGCUGAAGAUGGACAUGGCUACCAUAUUAAGGAAGAAUUUUGCACUGUUCUUUAACACUAUGCAUGCCUUCGACGAGAAAGGAUUUGUUGAAGCAGUCCCACCGGAGGAGAUUAAAGUGGAUGAUUUAGUAUCGGUUUGCACGGACCAUGCGAUUGAAAUGGGUGCUGAAGAUAUCGAAAUAAUGGACGAUCAGACUCGUCUGAUAAGGUUUCUCUGUGAACCAAGAGAUUUGGAUAAAGUGAAAAAAGAACUGGAAAAGUUAAACUAUUCCAUUGAACAUAGUGAGCACGCGUUCUUUCCCAAAGCAACAAUCAAACUAAACCCGGAGGCAAUGGAGGCUUACGAAAAGUUGAAAGAAAAGCUCAAAGCGAUGGACGGAGUGGAGGACAUUUACGAUAAUGUCGAAGUGAGCGGGUAAUUGUGCAAAAUACAGAAUGGCCAACGUGUAUGUAAUUCACUGAAACAUGCCUUUAUUGAAAGAAUGACUUUUAGUG